AUGAAUCCCGAGCCCUCCUCGAACAACUCGAGUUCAACUGGUCCAGCGACGCCAACGAACAAUAGAAAGGAACGAGGAGCUAUCGCGGCCCAAGCCUGUGAAAAUUGCCGUGCGAGGAAACAGCGUUGCUCAGAGGAACGUCCAAAAUGUGCAAGUUGUACACGGAUGAAGCUCGAGUGUCGAUACCGAGAACCACAACCGACCAAGAAAGACAAGACUCAGCUCGAAAUGUUGGAGAUUCUGAAGAGCAUAGAAAGUUUUCAAGUCUUGGACCGACUAAAGAACAUCGAAGGUGGUGUAAAGGCUUUGGUAGACAACCUCAACAGGAGCGUCCCCCCCCCUUCGGCCCCUUCGGCAUACGGCCCGAGCUACUCCAAUCCAGUAGCCGGCGCUUCCUCCAUUACGCUCGAUUCCAACCGCUCCGGGUCCUGGCAACCGUUGCCUGCAUCGUUGGGUACCUCAUCAGUACGCGAUGACCAGUACAUGUACAUAUCGGCGGCUUAUAAGAUGCUGUCGUGGCCAUGCAUACAACAACUAAUGGAAAAUUCUCCACGUGAGCUGUCAAAUCUGAACCUUGGAUCUCUGGACAAGGAUGGAUCCGUCAUUAUGCUGGGGCUACCAAGCCAAGGCAUGUCUCUGCCGGUUGACAAUCGCGAUGCCAUGAGCCAAGGGAUGCAGAGAAGCACUCGUGCGUACAGCAUGCAUGCGUCUGGCCUACCUAGUGGUGCACUUCAGACUGGUGCCCUGCUGACCUGGGAGGCAAUGCAACGCCACAGCAAGUCUUAUUUUGACACAUUCAACUUGAUAUAUCCCUUGCUCGACCGCCCCCACUUCUACUCGCAAGUCCUACCAGCCGUUGUCAACAACGAGCUGGACGAGAGCAUCAACUCGACACUCGCAUGUCUUGUGUUUGCCCUGGGCGAAGUCGGCGAAGUUGGAGUUUCGGGAGAACCAAUCGCGAUGUAUAAAGGCAGGCCGAGCGGAAUCAAAGGGGGUUCGUCGCAAAGGCCGCCGGGACUGGCUCUGUUCAACGAAGCCAGGAGACGUAUGGGCUUUAGCAUGGCCGAAUGCAGCCUUGAAAAUGUUCAGAUAUAUGCACUCGCCGGGCUGUAUUAUCAGUCGUGCUACCAUCACCUUGAAUACUGGCGCAUGACGAUAUCGGCCUCUCUCGCGUGCCAAGCACUCAUAAUGGCUAAGCCCGAGGAACUGGCAUCACCCCAAGUCGAUCUGAUACGAAGGGUGUUCUGGCACUGUUCGAUCACGGAAACAUGCUUGUACCUGGAACUGAACCUACCGACCACGGGUUUGGAUAAAUUUGAGGAUCGAGUUGGGCUGCCCGUCUUCAGCUCUGGGACUUUCUCCGAGGAAGAUUACAUGUGCAACCAAGCUUCACACUACAAGGAGCACUUUGCAUCGCAGACUGUGCUUCGAAGGCUGUCGGUCGAAUUCCAUGCCACAUUAAAUAAUGCUCUCGGUCUUGUCAAUUUACAAUUCCCCGGUGUCGCACCCGAACCAACAAGUGCCACGAUCGCGGCCACCACAGUAAAGCAGUUGGCCAUGCAGCUCGACCAGUGGCGUGGCAUGCUCCCCACGGGCAUGCCAUGGCCAGAAGAUCGGCCAAGCCCCCUGCCCGUGAGCCCGGAUCCCUACAGUCAGCCUCUCCAGUCCAUCCAGUCCAUGUACCCCCCUCCACCGCCGCCGCCGCACCCCCACCAAAAGGUAACACCCCUCCUGCCCUCGGACUUCGCCUUCACCGCCGACCUCGACUCCGAGCCGGCCGCAUACCCCUUCACGGCUGACAUCCAGGCCGCCAAUCUCCGCUCCCGGUACUACUACGUCAAGUACCUGAUCCACCGCCCCUUCAUCUUCAAGGCGCUCCACCACCCGACGCAAAUGACGCAGGAUGACGCCGACGGCGUCGCCACAUGCUUGCGCACCAUCCUGCUCUGGCCCAUCGCCAUGGCCCCCGUGCGCAGCCAGAAGCGCCUCAUUCCGUGUCUGUUCUUCUGGACGCAGAACUUUCUGGGCAUCCUGAUUAUACUGCACCUGUCCCAACAGGUCCCUAUCCUCAUCAAGAUUAGGACGGAGAUGCUGGGUGAGGCAUUCGAUGUCGAUGCCAGGGUCACCACGCAGCUGUAUCUGGAUUGGAUAAGAGAUUUGAAGGAUUCAGACCCGACGGCGAGGUGGUGCUGGACUGUGUUAAAAGGGUUUUAUGGGCCAUUGGAUGAUUUAUGA